AGAAAACACAAGUGUGUCUGCCUUUGUGGUCUGUGGUAACCGUGGCUAGUGACAGUGGAGAACCAUAGUCCUAUAAUAGAGAGAAGUACUAACUCUGAACUUACAAAACAUCCAAGACUCACUUUUCUUUGUUUAAGUCUCAAUGGAGGAAAUCAACAACAAAUGGCUUUCGGAUUUGGAAAUGGAUGAGUACAGUUUAUUUCCGGAAGAAUGCAACCUGAAUUUCCUUGACGAUGAUGAUAAACAAGAGUUUCUUUCACAUGACAUAGAUACUGUCUUUCAAGAACAAAACCAACAACAAUGUUUGAACUCAGAGACCACUUUCAACAACUCAUUCACAGAUGAAACAAAUUUUGAGUCAUUUGACUUUGCUUUUGAGAGACCAACCAUUGAUCACAAUGAAAACUUCACAGCAGAAACCAUAUCACUAAAACUAUCUCCAUCAUCUUCUAUCUCUUCUUUUCAGUCUCAGAUUCUCUCUUUUGAAAACCUCCCAAAUUCACCUGCUACCAACACCCCCCAUUUUUAUGAAUUUGACCCUACUACCUUGAACUCAAACCAGAACGAAAUAGGGUCAGUGUCACUAUCACUGCACCAAACGGAAAACACUCAUGUCUUCACUCAAACGCCAAAAGGGUCACCAAAAAAUCAAAACUUUGAAACAAAAACCUCACAACCAAAGAGAUCUCGAGCUAACGCUGAGGAUCAUAUCAUGGCUGAGAGAAAACGAAGAGAGAUACUCAGCCAGAGUUUCAUUGCUCUUGCAGCUCUUGUUCCUAACCUUAAAAAGAUAGACAAAGCUUCUGUAUUAGCUGAGUCUAUCAAAUACGUGAAAGAGCUUAAAGAGCGUUUGGAAGUUUUGGAAGAUCAGAACGAGAAAACAAAAGCAGACUCGGUGGUUGUUCUGAAUAAACCAGACAUAUGUAGCGAUGAAGAUUCCUCAUCAUGUGAUGAGAACAUUGAAGGUGCUGAUGGUGGUGAGAAUGAAUCACUCAUACAAGUGGAAGCAAGGGCGUUAGAGAAAGAGAUGCUGAUUCGGAUUCAUUGCGAAAAGAAGAAGGGAGUUUUGGUAAAAAUGAUGGGAGAGAUUCAAAGUUUAGAAUUACUUGUUAUGAAUACGAGUGUGUUACCGUUUGGCGAUUCUGUCCUCGACAUUACCAUUAUUGCUCAGAUUGGUGAAGGGUACAAUUUGAACAUAAAGGAGCUUGUGAAGAAGCUGCGCAUGGCAGCAAUGAGGUUUAUGUCAUCAUAAUAACAUGAACAAGGCACUUAUGUUGUUGGAGGUAGAUCUUUUGUCAAGAAAUAAAAAAUACAAGGUAGAUCCCAAGAUUGAAGUUAAUGCUCAAGCAGACAGUGUUCAAACUUGAGAGGAUAUACUAUUAUUAGUAAUAAAAAGGAUGGUGGUCCAUUCCGUAGGGAAAUGGUAGUAGGAAUAUGCAUGACUUAUUUAGUACUAGUAGGUGGUUUAAUCAAUUCAGAGUAGGAGUUAGGUGGAUAUUUGUAUUGUUUAAGUUUUAAAAAAUAACUUCUCUAUCAUUUUUCUUAAAGGAUGUGUAAACAACUUCCUUUUUGUUCACGCUACACAAAGGUGAAAUUUCUCUUUUGAAU